AUGAAUGUUUUCGUGGUGGUAGCAGUUUUGAUAGCUGCCUGCCAUGGCAAGCCCCAAGGUUACAACUAUCCCGCCCCAUCCCCGCCUAGCGGGAGCUACGGAGCUCCAGGAGGCGGCGGUGGAGGAGGAGGGGGUGGAGGAUUCGGCGGCGGAGGUGGACUAGGAGGUGGAGGUGGUCUAGGAGGCGGAGGUGGUCUAGGAGGCGGAGGAGGAGGAUUCGGGGGUGGAGGCGGCCUCGGCGGAGGCGGCGGAUUUGGAGGCGGCGGCGGUCUCGGUGGAGGCGGAGGGGGUGGACUUGGCGGAGGCGGAGGAGGUGGAUUCGGGGGCGGCGGAGGUGGCGGCGGCGGCGGCGGCGGCGGCGGUGGUACCGUCGUACAAAAACACAUCUACGUCCACGUGGCACCCGAAGAGCCCGAAGAGGCUAGACCGCAACGUCCAAUUUCCGCCGGUCAAUCUACGAAACAUUACAAAAUUAUCUUCAUCAAGGCGCCCAGCCAGGCCGCCCCCACUGCCCCUACGAUACCCGCACAAGCUCAAAACGAAGAGAAAACUCUUGUGUACGUUUUAGUUAAACGCCCAGAAGAUGCGCCUGAAAUCAGUAUACCUACCGCAGCCCCCACUCAGCCCAGCAAGCCCGAAGUCUACUUCAUACGUUACAAGACCAAUAAACAAGCUGGAGGCGGCGGCGGUGGUGGUGGAGGUGGCGGUACCGCUCCAGGAGGUAGUUACGGAGCCCCAUCAGCUGGCGGCGGGGGGGGAGGUAUUGGAAUCUCGUCUGGUUCCGGUGGCUCUUCCAUUGGUGGAGGCGGCGGUGGCGGCAGACCGUCCUCAAACUACGGACCACCAGGACAGAGUGGACCUUACUAGACCAUUUAAUCUCAUUGUGAUUGUUUUAUAUUUUGUUAUUGUACCCACUCAUUGUAAAUACACAUUGUAAUAUUCAUAUACUUAUGUAUGUACUACUUUAUAAAUAUUAAUGUUAGUUUUAGGAUGAUAAGCAAAAGCGGUG